CGUGGUCAUACAUGUCAUGAUGUGGCAUGCGGAUAGGUAGAAAGGGUUUCCUCCGGGGAUGUGGAGAAUGCAGGACGGCAGAACAAUGUCUCCACUCGGACCAAUCCUCGGGGUAGAGGCUGAUUUGCGACUUGGGGUUCCGGUUCCUCUGCAUCAGGAUAGGAGGCACGUGCUUCUUCAAGUUAGGACAGCUGAUCCUUUCAUCAGAUACGAGCAUCUACGAGAGCAUUCCUCACCGUUAGUAGACGACGAGGUAGAAGAGGACACUAGAGCGAAAAUGAAAAGGGUGAAAAAAACAGAGAUUGUUGAGGAAGAGGAUGAAAAUGAGAAUGGAAUUUGUGAGAGGAUUAAUGAGAGGAUAAGUGCGAGAAGAAGUGAAAUAGGAGAGGAUGAUGAAGAGGAUAUGGAGGAUGAUGAAGAGGAUGUAGAGAAAAGAAAUGGGACUUAUCAUGAAGAUGAGGAUGUAGAAGUGGACGUGUGUAGGGAUGGUGAUGAGAGCAAUCCUAGUAGUCCAGUUGACUUGACGGCAUCCUCGAGGUGUCUGGGGACUGAUCAGUAUUUGCAUCCGUUUGCGAAUCGUGGAAUUCACCCUUUUUCAUGCGUUCAAAAUGGUGGAAGUGGUAUAGGUGGACAAGCACCGGGCCAUGCGACGCCGGUAUAUCUUUCGGGACAUGCGGCGACAGGCUCGACUGUUGUGACGGUUUGUAAUGCUAGCAAUGUAUCCGAGACUAUUGGCCCAACUGGUAACAUUACCACGACUGCUAGUUCUGUGCAAUCUAAUAAAAGAGGUCUCGCUUUUUCUGUUGAAAAUAUCCUGGAUCCGAAUAAGUUCACCGGCGGUCGCGUGAUACAUGGAAGAAUGCAGCAUCGUCGGCGACGACGCGCCGGUAGCAUUCAUGAAGAUGGAGACUCGCGAGGUGAAUUUGCCUGCGGGAGUGGCCAAGAGGACGAAGGUCCAGACCAAUUAGAGGAUAUGGACGAAGACGUCGAAGACGAGGAAGAAGAUGCAGAAAUGAGAGUGGGAGAAGAUCACGAAACAUCGGGAAUCAGCAGAGAAAACAACACGACAACCCCUUCUAAUUGUAAAAAAAGACAGUCUUCCUCAUCUUCUUCCUCCUCAUCAAGCGGGACUCCAAGUCAAGGUCAAAAUUGUCAAGGCCAAGGUCAAGGUAGUCAAAAUAACGGAUCAAGUGGAGGAACAGGCGGAAAACCAAGAAGAGCAAGAACAGCCUUUACCUAUGAACAAUUAGUGGCCCUGGAGAACAAAUUCAAGACCACGAGGUACCUCUCUGUCUGCGAACGUUUGAACCUUGCACUUUCUUUGAGCCUCACUGAAACGCAGGUGAAAAUAUGGUUUCAAAAUCGGAGAACUAAGUGGAAGAAACAGAAUCCUGGACUAGAUGUGAACAGUCCAACAGUGCCAACGACACCUUCACAUUCAUCCCCAUAUGCACCAGCUUUCCUUUUUGCUACACAUCCACAUGGGCAUCCACAUUCUCAUCCCCAUUCUCAUAGUCAUGUCCAUCAUGCACCUCCUCCCCCUCCACCACCUCCAGGGUAUUACCACCCGUCGCCCUAUCCUCCUACGGGACCUACCUUUUUUGGGCACCAUCUAUCAACGACACCUGUAUCGGUUUCUGGACCACAACCUGUUACCACAUCGUCGGGUUUAACCCUUUCUUCUCAUCCACACUCACAUACGCAUCCGCAUGCGUAGCGACCUGAACUUUUUUCGUUUUCAUCAUCAAUGUCAUCGGUUAGUAGAAGGAAAGGGACAAAAUAAUUUUUUUGGAUGGAAAACUUGAUUUGAGAGGAAGAGUUUUAAGAAAGUUGAAACGCGAGACUCUACUGAAGAAUAUAUCUACUCAGAGAUGCUUAUUUAUUUAUAUUGGCCAUUUUUACUUAAAAUUAUUUGUCUCUUAGAAUAGUUGUGACUUCUAAUUCAUACAUCACUAUGAUGGUGGUGUUACACAAAUUCGAGAUAUUUGGGUUGAUCUUAUAUUACACUUCGCAUCAAGUCCAGAUCAAAUUUGAUUGAAAAUUUGAAAUAUUU